CACGUGACCGAGUGACUCGACAUGGGGGAAAAAUAAGCCGGAAGUUGUCGGAAAAAUACAAUUGUUUUUCAAAAUAAAGCUUAAGCCAGGUAAUAAAUAAAACGGUAAAAAUUUAGAUCUUUUUUCUCUUCUUUUCUUUUCUUUUCUCUUUGCAGCCUGUUACCGGUACCGGUUCCACAGUUGUACAGAAGUCGGGGCGUUGUCUUGAUCUGAUUGGUCCUCUAUACAAUGUGACGUCAUCGCGUUCUUCUUUUAUCAUUGGACAUAGUUCUAGCCGUGCGCAGGUUUGUUGAUUCUUCGUAUUACAUUACAAUACAAUAUAUUAAUACACGUGAUCAAAUCUGCAUAUAAAAAACCAAUAGUCAAUGAUGUAAACAUGGGUGUGUUAAUAAAGUCUUACCUGUAUAAAAUGUAAUGGCUUAGUCACUAAGUUAAAUUUGCAAAUAAAUUGACUUUAUUACAAUAUUAAGACACUAUAACUGUAAUAGUAGAAAGGUGAUUAAAAUGUAAAAUGUUUAAUAUCCUAGAUGAGAGAUCUCACACAAAUAGAGGUGGUUACACUAGAAGUAAUUCGGUAGGAGCUUUUGUAACGGAUGCGAGAGUACUUUGUUUCAGGAGAAAGUGUGUGACAUGCGCACACACACCAGCAGCAGCAGAACAAACGACCCGCCGUCCACUGUCCAGCGCCAACAUGAAGCGCGCGCGGAGAGCGCAGAUCGUGUGAGGAAUCACGGAUGGAAUCCGCGGUUUUGCCAGAGAAUGACUCUGUCGGACGGUCAACGUCUUCAUCCCAGAUCUGCGCCGCUCAUUAGGUCGUGAUUGUUUUGUAUUUAUCUCCAAGAGGAGGAGCGGGUUCAACAAUUCAGGCGGCAUGCCUCCCCCAGCAAGCAGCCUGCAGUCCAGCGGUCUGACGCUCUCUGAAACAAGCAUGGGUUCGUUUAAAAGGAGGAAGAGGAAAUCCAUCAUUAUGACAGUGAUGCUGCUCAUCGUCUCUGUACUCAUCCUCAUCUUCGGACUGGCAGCUACCACCCGGGCGAAGAACAUCACUGUGGGAGGCUACUAUCCAGGACUCAUUCUUGGUUUCGGCUCCUUCCUGGGGAUUAUUGGUGCUCAUUUGAUAGAGAACAAGAGGCAGAUGUUGGUGGCGUCUAUCGUCUUCAUCAGCUUCGGCGUGGUGGCUGCCUUUUGUUGUGCUAUUGUUGACGGAGUUUUUCCAGCAAGACAUAUUGACCUCAGGCCUCUGUACGCCGGCCGUUGUGAGUAUCUCUCCAGCGAGACCGCAUCUGAACGAGAUGUGCCAUGUCAUACUUCGCGUGCAUCCUGUAACCUGCACGUAAAGAGCAACACCUGUUACUGCUGCGAGCUGUACAACUGCGGGAAAGAACAUCCUCUUAUCGGACUUCAAAAUAAAAAUGUUAUGAAAAAGUUUAGGAAAUCACCCAUGAUUUGGAAUCGUGGUGAACUGAUGGGAGGCUACCAUGAGUACACGGAGGUGGAGAGCUGCCAGGAUGUGGUGCACCUCUACCACCUCCUGUGGUCUGCUACCAUCCUCAACGUAGUGGGCCUGUUUUUGGGGAUCAUCACUGCUGCCGUUCUGGGAGGGUUCAAGGACAUGACGCCGUCCGCCGCCUCUGAGAGCUCAUCUGAACCAGAGGCCAUCAUCGCCCCCAUCCAUUCAGAGCCUCCUCCUCCUCCGCCUGCUGCUCCUUUCAACUCGUACCACAACGCUGCCCCCUGCCUGCCGCCUUACACUGCCUACGAUCUGCAGAGCACCUACGUGUUUCCGGACUCUUCAGGCCUGUCAGACGACUCGCAGUCAGGUGCGAGCCACUUGUGGCCCACGAUGAUCCCUCCUCGCUACUCGCCUCCUCACAAGCACCCUGACGAGAAGCCCCCUCCGUACAGCCCGUAGCGGGACCGCCAAACGCUUUUCGGUGCCGUCAGACGCCGAGCUUCCUCAGUUUGUCACCCUGAGUUGUGGAGAAAAGACACACGGAGGGAAGAGGAGGCGCUUUUGGGGGGAGAAUAGACUCGCUAUGCCCUCAUGACAGGAGACGAGAUGCCCGGUGUCAGGACGGAUCACACGUCUGUCGGGCUUUUAGACUUCUGACACUGCAGGACUCCGCCACUCGGACUUUACUGCUACUGAAGCUCUCCUUCGCAAAUGAUAAGCUAAUGUCAUGAAAGCUAUAAGUGUCCACCCUCCGAUGGUUUAAGUGACACUCCAGAGGUGCACCCAUGCAGCCAUUUCUUAAAUCUUUUUUUCUAAAAUUGGCAGCAAAUGAAGGCAUUACAUGCUCAUAAUGUACGUAGAGCAGUAUGAUGUAUUGUAAUCUAGAUCCAAAGUAUCCAACAGUAUUAACCAUCUCAUCAAUGUGUGGUGUUUAAUAGAAAGUAAACUACUGUACAGUAGUUUCUCAGGAUAAUCAAUAACACUCCUAUUUAUUCUAUUGACAGCUGCUAAACAGGUACAUAUAGACGUGUCGGGCUGAAGGUAAAAAUGUUUUUUUUGGCUGCUAAUCAAAGCUCAGUGCUGGAUUCACUGAUACAAGAUGAGGAACUGAAAGCCUCAUGGAAAGUGAAAAAAAGCUAAUUUCCACUUUUUUCAGUUUUUGGGACUAAUAUAAUGUCAGCUCCUUAUUUAGGAGCCCAACUGGUUUUACGUUUUGCCUUGAAGGCUGCUGUCAGGAUCUCUAAAGGACGUUUUUCUGCAGACUUUUGGAUAUGAAGGGGAUUUGGGACAGUUGCCAAUAGAAACGCUACUUCAACUCCAGCUAAAGUUGGAUAAACCUGCAUCAUGUUUUCUAAGGUCAAACCUAUUCUUCAAAGACCGUAAAUUGGAGAGCUAACGAUUUAAAAUAAACUUAAAAAAAAUAAUUAUGAUGUAACACUUUUCCAAAAAAAGGUCAAAGAAUGUACAACAGUUGAAUAAAAAUAUCAGAUGUUUUUCAGAGGAAAAGAUCAGACAUAAUCAUAGAAUGCCAAUGAAAAUAGAUUCCCUGCACUUACCUGCUUAUGGUACAACUGAUGUUUAAUAAAAGGAAAAGGAAA